AUGAAGGUUUUUGGAUCAAUUCUUGCCUCUGCUUCUGCCUCGGUCUUCGUUCACCCCCAUGUUCAUACAAGACUUCAGGCUGCCGGACUUGAAAAAGAAGGCAAGAGUAUCGAGUGCUUCUUUACUUGCAUGGGCGACUUGAUGCGCGCUGAUAUCAAGUGCAGCUUCGAGUUCGACUAUCAAUCCGAAGAGUACUACCGAUGCAUGGAAGGUCCAAACCAAGAGUUUGAAGCGUGCAUUCAAGCUGAUGGCUGUAUUGAAGCCGACGGAACCUGCAUUAAUCGAUGCGAGCCAAUUCUUCUUGAUGACAUUGAUGCCUGCGAAGAAGGACUUGCUUCUGGCGAGCUUGCAUACUUGGACUACGUCAUUUGCAUGAAUACCGCUUCCCUCAACUUUUCUAAAUGUUGGGAUGACUGCACUUGCGAGAUGCCCUGGUGCAACUGUAUCCCACCAAGCAAGGCUGAGAAGCUCUCCUGGCUUCCAUACGAUGUCAUCUGCUACCCUGAUCCAGAAUUCUAA